AGCUCGCCUUCUCCAACUUGCACCCAUCACGCCAUGUCUGCUCGCAUUUCUCUCGCCCGCCCGGCGCAGGCCACCGCUAGCUACACCCCCGACCCCCACGGCUUUGGCAACUCACGAUCUUCUAAUGGCUACAGAGCCGCGAAUCCUGACGACCCGAUCGAGAAGCUACGCGCGUUCGCCCAGACGGUAGAGGAGAACAUCGACAUCUAUGCGCAGCCUUUGAGGCCCCAUCUGCCAGCAAUAGGCCGAUUUCUGAUUGUCAUUACUUUCCUGGAGGAUUCCCUGCGAAUCAUAACACAAUGGAGCGACCAGCUGUGGUACUUGCAGAAGCAUCGCCAUUUCAUCUGGGGCUUCUCACAUAUCUUCCUGUUGAUUAAUGUGCUCACCAUGCUUAUCGGGUCUGGUGCUGUCAUCGUCAAGAAGCACUCAGAGUAUGCCGUCGGUGGUCUCCUUGGGGUCGUGGUUAUGCAAGCGUUCGGAUACGGGCUCAUCUUCGACCUCAACUUCUUCCUCCGCAACCUGAGCGUGAUCGGUGGUCUGCUCAUGGUGUUUACGGACUCCAUGUACACGCGCAAGAAGAUAUUCGCUGGUCUUCCUUCUAUGAGCGAGACCGACCGCAAGAAAUACUUCCUGCUCGCCGCCCGUGUACUACUGAUCUUCCUGUUCCUUGGAUUUAUCAUCCGGGGACAGUGGAGCUUCGGUCGCGCUAUCGUAUCGGUCGUUGGACUGGGAGCGUGCGGCAUGGUCGCAGUUGGCUUCAAGGCCAAGUGGUCGGCUGCUUUCCUCGUGAUUAUCCUGUCCGUCUUCAAUGUGUUCAUCAACUCCUGGUGGAGCGUCCACUCCGCUCAUCCCCAGAGGGACUUCCUGAAGUACGACUUCUUCCAAACACUAUCGAUCGUCGGUGGUUUGAUCCUUCUAGUCAACAUGGGUCCUGGCGGCUUGUCCGUCGACGAGAAGAAAAAGACGUACUAAGUCAGGCGUGUGCGAUACGCCAGAGUACGGACAAAGCACUGUUAGGAAGGAGCGUCCUUUCGCUGGGCGUAGGUCGAGGCCAGCGGGCGGGUGGUAAUACUGGAUUGGAGGGGUCUCACUGUACAUGCAACGUCCCGAAAACUUCAUUUGACAGCCCUUUACUUUUUACUAUUAACUUAUGCGAUGACGACAUGGCAGCCCUCUGAUUCAGAGGGACAAUGGCUGUA